AUGGAUGAAGAAGCCGCUCGUCCCAUCAGAAUCAUGAACUUUGUCUCCGAAGAGCAAUUGCUAGAAUCGAAAAAAACAAGAGGCGAACGGGUUGAAGACGGUACUGCCCAUAGGGAUAGACCUCUCUACGAGAUUCUAAAGGAGAAUAAGGAUAAGAAGGAUGCUGAAUUUAAUGAAAGGUUCAAACAUAGACCUCCCAAAGCUUUAGAUGAAGAUGAGACCGAAUUUCUUGAUAGUUAUGAAGCAUCAAGAAAGGAAUAUGAACGAAAAGUGGCAGAUGAGGAAGCCCAACAACUACGUAGCUUUCAAGCGGCAAUAGCAGUGCAGUCCAACACUGUGAUUGAAAUUAAGGAAAAAGCCCCCGUACUUGCAAUCCAGGAAGAAAAGCCUGCUGCUGGAAAGAAGAAUCCAGCCUCUCGGCCAUUAAGCAUGAUUAUAAAAGUCAAGCCUCAAGCUAAAAAAGCCAAGGUGGAUGAAGGAAAUACUGAAGAAGUUUCAAAAGCAGGGAUUACUUCUGUGAAUGAUAAGAGUAGGCCUUUAGAAUCAGUACAACUAUUGAACGGCAUAGCUGAUAAGUCAAAUGAAGUUGGCCUAACUGGCCUUGUUUCGUAUAGUGACGAAAGUGAUGAUGACUUGUAG